AUGGUUUUGUUGUAUGGUAAUAUUAUUGGUAGUAGUGAUAAUAAUAGUAACAAUUAUAAUGUACCUGAUAUUAGUACUUUUGAUGGAAAUUUUAAUCUAAAUGAUAUUAAUAAUCAUCCUCGACCUUUACCUCUUGGAACACAACAAUAUGUGAUUCCACAACAGCCACAACCUCUUUUUACACCAAAUUGUCAACGGCCUCCCUUUCCACUAGAUUUAAACAACAACCAUAUUUGUAAUUAUCCCAAUGAUUUACUAUCCCAACAUCCACAACUCACAUCAUUGCCAUCGCUACCAACACAGCAACAACAACAUUCUCAAAUCUUUAUUCAGCAACCUCCCUUUUCACUAGAAACAAAUCAUAUAAAUUCACGUACUCGAGAAAAUAUUCAUCAAUUGGAAACUUUAUUACAUCAAUUCAAUGUUAUAGUGAGAAGCAUCAAUGAUUGCAGUAGAAAUUUAUCCGAGGUUUGGAAUAAUAAUAAUAAAAUCAAAACUAAAUUUAUAUAG